AUGUCCCACCCUAUCCUCGACUCCCACUGGUCCCGCUUCCUAGGUCCCAACCCUCCAGAUCCACACCAGUAUAAAUACAUACCUCACGAUAGACCAGUUUUCGAAUCCCCAUUCGGCCCAUUCCCACCUUCUCCAGAGGAUCUCAACAUCCAUGAGUUGUGCUUCCCACCCAACAACCCCCUGCCAGAAGAUUAUCCCCUCAUCAUCAACGCCGUCACGCAGGAAGUCGUAACACUCCAUCAAUUCUACGCCCGUGCCUGUGCACUCGCACGUGUGUUUCGACACGAUGGACCGAAUCCGCUCAACCUGCGCAAGAGCCCCGUUGAUGAUAGAGAAGAUGGAGAAAUCCUUGGCCUCUUCUCACGCAACCAUAUCCACUACCCCAGUAUUGUGCACGCUUGCUGGCGGGCUGAAUUAGUGUUUGGCGGCAUCAGUCCAGCGUCAACGCCGUACGAGUUGUGGUGGGUGUUGCGGAAGAUGCAAAUCACAUCCAUCAUGAUCCACGAAUCCCUCGUGGGGAUUUUGAAAGAAGGGCUGAAGUUGGGAACGGGGGACAAAGAUGAUCUGCCGCUGAAGUUGGUGCUGGAUCCGAAGAAGGUGGUUGUGCUCAGUGAGGAUCCCUCCCUGGACACGGUAGGCGGAUAUCGCACGAUCGAGAGUUUGGUGCGGCAAGGGAUGAGGAUGCAAGAGAGGAGGAGGAGGAGGACGAUGCUAGGCGGUAGCAGACUAGCAUACCUCUUCCAGUCCUCUGGCACAUCCGGCCUCCCCAAAGCCAUGAUGAUAACGCACGCCAACGGGUACCACUCCGGUAUCCAAACCCUCACCACCGCCGUCCAAGGCGCGCGCUUCAUGGGCAUGGAGCCGUUCGCAACACCAAUUGUUACCUUGGGCGUAAUCCCAAUGUACCACUCCUACGGCAUGAUUCUCUGGAACCUGCGCGUCAAUCUGCUAAGGAACACGACUAUCCUGCUGCCAAAGUGGGAUCUCGAACUCGCACUCCAAUCAAUUCAGAAAUACAAGGUCACUGCGCUGCCGCUUGUUCCGCCGCUCAUCAGACAGUUAGCGCAGUCCCCGCUGACGGAGAAAUACGAUUUAUCUUCUGUGCUCGGCGCUGUGAGCGGCGCCGCGUACCUCCCGCCCGACGUCGCGUAUCAGCUUGCGCAGAAACUGCCGCAGGGGAAGGAUAUGCCGAUCCCGAGUGGGUAUGGGCUCAGCGAGGCGGCGAGUAUCGCGAGUCCGACGACGCCUGGGAUCUUCGGCCUCGAGCCCGCGAUGCCGGGGAGCAUUGGGUAUCUGCUGCCGGGCAUGGAGGGGCGCGUUGUCGAUCCGGACACGCUAAGGGAUGUGAAGAAGGGGGAGAAAGGCGAGUUGUGGGCAAGGGGUGCGGUGGUUACGCCAGGGUAUUUCAAGGACGCGAAAGCUACGAGUGAUAUCUUCACUGAGCCGGGGUGGUUGAGGACGGGGGAUCUGGUUAUGCGGGAUGAGUGCGAUAGGAUUCACUAUCUUGAUCGACUGAAGGAGAUGAUCAAGGUCAAGGGCUUGCAGGUCGCGGCUACAGAGGUCGAGGACACGCUGCUGCAGCAUCCAGACAAUCUAGUUCAGGACGCAUGCGUAGCCGGCGUUGAUAAUGGGAGAGGAGACGGGAGUCUGUUCGUUAGGGCGUGGGUUGUGCUGACGGAUGCCGGGAAGCGGGUGGGUGAAGCAGGUGUUACGGGUAAGCUGGAGGAGUGGGUGAAGAAUAGGUUGAGUAGGCAUAAGUGGUUGACCGGGGGGAUUGAGGUUGUUGAUGAGAUUCCGAGGACGCCGAGUGGGAAGAUGUUGAGGAGGCAGAUGAGGGAUAAGUAUCAUGCGAGGUUGAAGGCUGAAGGAAGGGCGAAGUUGUAG